UGCUUAUGCAUUUGAACUUGUGGACCAGUUCCCACCCACAGCCAUUCUGAAAAAUUACAUGGAAUAUGUUGAACGUAAUUAUGUGAAUGUCUGCGAGAAAGAGACCUGCUCAUUCGAAGAAAAGAUUGAGGCCAUUGAACAACGGGUUGCUUCUAUUAGAGCUGUUAUCAGAUGUAUUCUGAAUUACAAACUUCAAUCUAAAUAUCCGAUAGAACACCUUGAAGAAUGUAUAGAAAUGCUUACAAGGCAGAAGGAAGAUCAAGCUGCAUUAUGUGUCAUUUAUGAGGCUAAAACGCCAGAGCAAGCGAAUGUGAAUCAGUUGGGUUCUACUAAUCCAUCUAGUCCCACAGGCACCAAGUCCCUCAAUUCCGCAUCAUUCUCUGCUAGAACCCCCUCGUGCACUUUAGAUCAUUCCAAUGCUAUGCCCAUUAUCCUUAUGAACAUGAGUGGAGAGGAUUUGCAGAAUUUCUUAAACAAACAUUUGAAGGAGCACAAGUUGUUGCGGAGUGAAGUCUUUAGUGCUCUUCUAAUGUCACUGGACUCGGGGAUGCUUGUGUUGGAAGCACUGGUAGGGUUUUAUCCUCCAGACUAUCAGAAAGAAGAGAUUGAAUUUAAUCGUAAUAUUAUCAGGCAGAGUUGCAUCCUUUUAUUAGAACAAUUCAUGGAACUUUCGCCGGGGAUUAAACCAGAGGCUAAAUUAGAAGCAAGCAAGCUUGCAUUUGCCUGGAAAGCAAAGAUGAUGGGUGAAAUGGAAAACCAUUUGGCAAUCUUGGGUUUUCUUCUUCUUGUAGGAAGCUACAGAUUGGCAUCUGCCUUCGAUAAAGAUGAACUUGAGAGUUUGUAUCACAAGGUAUCACCGCAUGUGAAUACAUCUGAAAUCUGUCACGCCCUUGGUAUUUCAGAUAAUACUUCAAGAAGUGAUGAUCUUCCUUCCAUAGAAGAAUCGAAGAGACACAAGGCUCAAUGCUGUACAGAUGAAUCUAUUUGCAACAACACGGAUAUGAAAUGCGAAGGACAUGAUGUAAUCUGCAAUUGUGCUUCAAGUUUACAUCGUACAUUAGAUCCUGCUUUGCUUGUACUGGAUGCUUUCCGGAGUUGUCAUCCCACAAAAUUAGGGAGGUGUGAAAACUUCCCAUCAGUUAUGCGGAGCUUCUCUGAUCUGUUGGACCAGCUGAGAGAAGUUUCUCCAGAAAUUAAACCUCAUGUUAAAGUGGGGGCUAUUGCGUUUGCAGUUGAUUGGUAUUCUACAUUGAUCGGGUCCCAGCUAAAUAUAUCCGAGUUCUUGGCAUUUGUGCAGCUUUUAGCUAUUUAUAAAAUAAUAGACUCUUUCCAUUCAGAUGCACUUUUUGGUCUUUUGGAGAAAGUUCAACCAACUGAAAGGGUUGUUACUUUGUUCAAAAUCCUUGGGUUGAUAGAUAAGAUCCGAUGCUUCGUCCAAAAUCUUAUAAAUAAAAAGCAGUGGAUGGUGGCAUUUACUUAUGUCUAUGAGUUUGAUCUUGUUAACUUGGUUUCACCAGUGAUGCUCCUGAGGGAUUAUGUUAGACACUCAGAAGAGAUUGCCAAGCAAAUACUUCAUGCUGGAAAUAGUUCUCAUCGAGCCCAAAUGAAGGCUAUAAGUUAUGAAAUAAAUGCACUAAGAAAUGCAGUUAGACAUAUUGUGGAUCGUGGUCUUCAGUCGGAAUAUUCACCUUCUCAACUUCAAGAACAGAUCGAAACACUUCAAUUUCAGAUGUCAAACUCGAGUCAAUCAAGCUCAAAUCGAAACUUUACUGCUAAGUUCCAACAAGUUAAAACAAAUAAAGGAACUUGCAGACCUGCUCCAAUUGCUCAAGUGCGAAAAGAGUUCAUGAAGAAACGUUCUGCCCCAGCUGGUGACACUGAUGUUAUCCACAGGACUCGAAGAAAACAGAACUUUAAGCGCCAUCGUCAUUUAUCCACGAGGAGAUGAGUUGUAUCAAGUGCUUUAUUGACAAUCCCUCACGGUUAUGUUCUUUAUGAGCACUGUGGGAGUGGUUUGUGGAGGAAUAUUUUGAGGGGGUGAGAAGAGUUUAGUGCUAAUGUUUCUUUUGGGUU